AUGCCGCUGAAGAACGCCAUCUCCGGCCGUCUACUGGCACGUUUAGAAAGCUCCUACUGGACAAGUUGUGUUCAGCAUACAAGGAAUUCUUGUCGGCUACCCCGACCAAUGAACCUGGGAGGGACCAGGCGCUAUUCGCAUCACGUCGGCAAUAAUCCUAAGCCCAGCAGGUCGUGGGCUUCCCUUGCAAGCAGAAGUGCCAUAGUCGUUGGAAUCGCUGCCGGGUCUCUCCAAUUAUUGAGCGAGGAUUCGAACGACAAACCCUACAGCAAGGUCAAGAAGGCCAAGGUCAAAACUUUUCGCCUGGCUGAGGUGAAGCAGCACAACGGAUCAUCCAAGAAUCCCUGGGUUAUCCGGGGAACCUCGGUGUACGACAUUACGGACUGGGUCCGGGCUCAUCCCGGGGGUGAAGUGAUUUUAACCGCCGCGGGAGGCAGUCUGGAACCCUACUGGGACAUCUUCACAAUUCAUAAACGGGCAGACGUCUACGAAAUCCUGGAGCAGUAUAAGAUUGGCGAGAUUGACGAUGUUGAUUUGAAGGAUGGCCGGGUACCCCAGGACGCCAUCGUUGACCCUUUCAAAUAUGACCCGGAACGGGAUGAGCGACUCGUGACACUGACACCAUGUCCAAGAAAUGCAGAGACGCCAGAGGUAGGCCUCAGAGAAUUCAUUACCCCGAACGAGCUGUUCUACGUCCGAAACCAUUUCUGGGUUCCCACCGUGGACGGACCAGAACAUAAGAUCAUCGUCGAGCUCCCGGAUGGGAGCGAGAGGACAUACAAUGUCAAGGAGCUCAAGGAGAGGUUCCAGAGACACAAGGUCACAACUACACUGCAGUGUGCCGGGAAUCGCCGCAAAUCCAUGACAGACGGUGCAGGGCCAACAAACGGCCUACAGUGGAAGGCGGGUGCGAUCUCGACUGCCGAGUGGGAGGGAGUCAAGCUUGUCGACGUCCUCGCCGAUGCCGGUCUGGAUAUUGAGAAUCUACCAGCCGAUGCUCAACAUGUCCACUUCUCGGCCAUGGAGGCAUACGGAGCGUCCAUCCCUAUCCGCAAGGCCAUCGAUCCUUGGGGGGAUGUCUUAUUAGCCUUUGACAUGAACGGCGCCGAGCUGCCGCGAGAUCACGGCUACCCGGUCCGCGUCAUUGUUCCGGGCACGGUAGCAGCACGCAGUGUCAAGUGGCUAUCCCAGAUCACGAUAUCCGAGGACGAGUCUCCGACCCAGUGGCAGCAGCGCGACUACAAGAGCUUCUGCCCCAGCGACGUUAAGAAUCCGGACUGGCAAAAAGCUCGAUCGAUACAGGAGAUGCCUGUGACGUCGGCGUUUACACGCGUUGAACCAAUUAGGGACAGCAAAGGCGAGGUGGAAUCUAUCUGCGCAGAGGGCUAUGCCUACUCCGGUGGGGGACGCGAGAUUAUCCGUGUGGAUGUCAGUGUAGACGAGGGCAGGACAUGGCAUGAGGCUGAGCUGUUGGAUGAUGAGGCUCAAGUGAGCGGAAGUAAGGCAUGGUGCUGGAAGCGUUGGAGGUAUAAGGGGCAGGUGGCCGAUGAUGGAAAGACUGUUGCUCGGGCUGUACUGGUGGUUAAGGCCACAGAUGAGGCCUACAAUACACAACCACACACUUACGAUAGCAUUUUUAAUGCCAGAGGCAAUCUGGCGACCGCAUGGGAUCAUGCCAAGGUGUCGCUAGGGAGAUGA